AGCACGUGGGUUUGUUAUUGCAGGAAGUGAAGAUGGCGGAUCAGUCGUUGCUCUCCGAGUCUUUGCUCGGAUGGUCUAUUUUCACCUUUAUACUUUUGGUAAUCCUGGCUUUCUGUUGGGUCUACAUUCGGAAAUUUCAAAGUCGUCAGGAGAGUGAAGUUGUUUCAACCAUCACAGCAAUAUGUGCACUGGCCAUCGCACUGAUAACCUCUGCACUCCUACCAGUGGAUAUAUUCCUUGUUUCAUUCAUGAAGUAUCCCAAUGGCACCUAUAAGGAAUGGGCAGCAAACAAUGAGACGAGAGGACACAUUGAAGACACUGUGCUGUAUGGAUAUUACACACUUUACUCCAUCAUACUCUUCUGUGUCUUCCUGUGGAUCCCAUUUGUUUAUUUCUACUAUGAGGAAAGGGAUGACGACAACGUGAACAAAUGCUCGCAAGUGAAAAACGCUCUGAAGUACACAAUUGGAUUCGUCAUUGUCUGCGUGGUGCUCCUUUUAAUUGGAGCCUUCGUUCCACUUCAGCCCCCACCUGAUCAGAAUUCCACCCAAUGGGUGAAAGUGCAAUACCUUUUUGAAGAGCUUGGGAGUGGUCAUGGUCUACCUGCUCUGUCUUUCUCCAUCAGCUCCUUGACCUUGAUUGGCAUGUUGGCAGUGAUCACUUACACGGCAUACGGUAUGUCUGUGCUGCCUUUGAAUCUGAUAAAAGGCACACGGAGUGUGGUGUAUGAACGCCUGGAGAACACAGAGGACAUUGAUGAUGUUGAGCAUCAGAUAGAAAAGCUGAAAUCCAAGUGUCAAGACGGACGUCCCCUCUCCUCAAGGGACAGAAACAACCUGCAGGAGCUGGAGGGCAAACUGCAGGUCCUCCAGCGCAGGGGGAGACACCUGGAAAUUGCAGAGAGGAACUGCUGCACUAAAGUGGGCAGUGCUCUCAGACCUUUCAAGAUAAUUCUGGGUAUUUUCUUCAUCCUGGUUGCACUGCUCUUCACCGUUGCCCUGUUCAUCUCAAACUUGGAUAAAGCUCUCCACUCGGCUGGCAUCAGCUCUGGGUUCAUAAUCUUUGGCACCAACCUAACCAAUCCCCUGAAUGAACUUCUAUUAGCCUUGCAACCCGUUUUUCCUCUGGAUUACAUCCUGAUCACAGUCAUCACCAUGUACUUUGUAAUCACAUCCAUGGCUGGCAUUCGCCACAUGGGCAUCUGGUUCUUCUGGAUAAGGCUGUACAAAAUAAGACCUAAGAGAACUCGCCCCCAGGCUCUUCUGUUCCUCUGUAUGAUUCUACUCUUGAUCGUCCUUCACACCAGCUACAUGAUCUACAGCCUCGCCCCACAGUACGUCAUGUAUGGCAGCCAGAAAUAUCUUGUGCAGAGUCAGAUGCCCUCAGCAGGUCCUACAUCUGGGAAUGCUACUUCUGGCACCACGAGGAUCUGUGAUGCCGAUGCGCCUGAGGACCAAUGCACUGUGACAAGAUCCUAUCUUUUCCUCCACAAGUUCUGGUUCUUCAGCACCAUCUACUACUUUGGUAACUGGGCCUUUAUUGGGGCUUUCCUCAUUGGUCUGGUGGUGUCCUGCUGCAGGGGGAAGAAGUCUGUGAUUGAAGGAGAGGUGGAGGCCGAUGACUCGGACUUAAGCGACGAUGAAUACGUGCACUGAAAAAUCAGUAUUCUCUCAGAUGGGUUUGUUAGAUAUUCCCACCAAACUUAAAGGGACUAGAAAGUACAAUUUCAUAUACAAAAAAAUGCAUGUCAGCAAUUUGUCAUAAUUUAAUUUAUUGGUUUUAAGGAGUUAUUGCAGUGGUGUUUUGUGGAUUCCAGCCUUGUUUUGAGUUGACACAUCCCUCCCUUUAAUGAGACCGCUGAGAAUGAUUGUUGUGUCUUUCUCAGUCAAUAUUAUGGAUGUCUUUGGGAUCCUGGGAGUGUCCUCCAACUCAAUCCUACCUUGAGAAUUUACUCAUCAACAGUUUGAAACUGACACAGAUUGUUCAUUUUUCUACUGGAGGAGACUCACAUAUUGCAGCAGAAACACUGCUCCAAAACUUUAUGUCUGAGGAUUUAUUUGAAACUUGGGCAUAAACUUAGUUUUUAUGUUCUCUAAGCACUUUCUAGAUCCUUUAAAUGGUCACUAUAGGCUCUAAUAUACAUUUUAGGAUAAAAUACAAUGAAAAAAACUGAGUCUACACAAAGUGUUCUGCUUGCUUGUUUUCUGAAAAGAUAAUUGGUCUGAAAAUAAUGAUUCUAAGUGUGACAGCAGUAAUGUUUUCAGAGUUCAUUUUGCUCAUGUUGUCUGAGGUUAAAUGCAUUGCUUGAGGGUUUGCUGCUUGUUUCUUUUUUUCUCUUACAUUUAGUCUUUUGCAGUCUUGAAGCAUUAUAUAAGCAAACAUUACUGUACUUUCAUACCUGCACUGUGUGAAAUGUAAAAGGACCAAUUUCAGCUGUCGUGUUUCCAAGGUUUCAGUUAUUCUUGAUUUUUAAUUAAAUGGGUUCAACAGCUUUUUGCUGUCUGUGUUUAAAAAUGUGAGAAACAUAGAAUUAAUCAAUAUGGAUGUGAUUUUAUUUUAAUUAAGGAGUACUUCUCCUUUUUGCUCGUGCUCUAGAGUUUAUCUAGUUUAUCAACAGCGGGCUUGUGACUAUUAAUGGCUUUUUUUCAGCUAUGUUUAAUUUCUUUUCAAUGUAUUUAUGAGCAUCAAAAUGAAUACAAACUGUUUAUCUAAUCAACAAAUUGACAGAAAAUAUGAAUAUGAAUGACUUUUUUUUGGAAACCAAAUAUUUGUGCCUCAUGAAUGUGUAGCACCAUGAUGGGCACACACUACUGUAUAUGCUAAUCAUCCUGAAUCUUAUGAGUUUGGUCUUUGCUUUAGGAUAUUAGACUGGUACCCUUCACUGAGAAUCAAUGAAGCCAGCAGCAGAAAAUGUUACAUGAUGACAACAAAAGCUGCAGCAAAUGUGGCGUUCGGCCGUGAUUGGUUGAAAAGAAUGCUGGAAUUUGUGUCAAUGUUGAAUGAUACCUGUAUUUAAAGAAAUAAAACUAUUUAAAAACACUC